AUGGGCAAGGCGGGAAAGGAGCGGGCGAAGGAGAGACGGGAGAAGCGGCUUCAGGAGAUCUCAGAGCUCAGGAAGAUCCCGUAUCCUCCGGCCGAUCGGUGAGAAAUCCAGUGCGUAUCUAAUAUUUUCUCUUAUGCCCCUCUCUAGUGACCGGUUCUCUCAUCGUUCUUACCUUCUUUCUCGACAGAUGGUGGUCCUCGGACACGGUCGCCGCGGUGACUGGGAGUUGCCGGGGAAUAGGGUUCGAGAUUGCUCGGCAGCUCGCGGUGAACGGGUUGCGCGUUGUCCUCACCUCCAGAGACCCCAGUCGUGGCGUCGAGGCUAUGAGCGCGCUGAGAAUGGAAGGCCUGGACGCCGAUUACUGCCGGUUGGACAUCACCGAUGAUGCCUCUGUGCGGAGCUUUGCCGACUGGAUGCUCACCAAACACGGCGGCAUCGACGUCCUGGUAGAGGCUCCUGACCAUUCUUUGCCGUCUUUGUUCACCCUCUUGACACCAAUUCAAAAUCAAAACCAUAGGACUUUGUCGUGUAUGCAUAUAUCUCAUUUAGCAUAUUUUAACAUAGUUUUCCUUUUUUUUUUAAUUAUCUUUCUUGCUGCUUUAUGCUCACUCUCUAGCCUCCCUUUGGCAACGGCACGAUAAAUCAAUAGUCUAUGGUUAAAAUUUGGAGGUCUGGUCUGUUCAAAGGUGAACCGAUCAGAAUUAUUCCGGACUGCAGUCCUAUUGAAUGCAGGUCUGUCGGUAAAUUCAUGAUAUCAGAUACUAAAAGAACUUGAAUGAGCGUAUAUGAUUUUGAAGUCGUUUUAAUUAUUCAGUCUCCUAUAACUUACCGCGAGCUCUUUGUUUACUUUUAAUUUUGUCACAAGGACAAGAAAACAUUGAGGCAAUGAUCUAGGGUCUCGACUAGCUCUCUCAGGAUCUCAGCUGGAGGAAAUUUCUGAAUUAAGGAGGUUAGUUUUGAUUAGUGAGGAUCACCAUGAAUAAGGAGGGAUAUGUUGUGGUCUGAAAAUGAAAGUGAAGAAGUAUGGGGGGGUUGCAGGAUUUCUUUGAAGCCUGAAGCUGAGGCAAAUUGUGCGUUGGAUUUUCUUUUCUUUCCGUUCCCGUAUUCGUUGUGCUAAGCAUUAAUAUAUAUUAAUUCUCUUUUUUUGUCGGGAUGAUGAUCCAUUUCUUGUUGAGACCUCUUUAAACCAAUGGGAAUUGGUGGAAUUUCCGGUUGGUUGUCUGCCCAAUGCUUUUGUGGGUUUUUUUAAACUUUUCUUCACUUGCUGAUCGAGUGAAAUAAAUCCCUUGGUCUCCUCACGAUAUGAAAUGGUAUAUAGUUAUACCUAAUCCGUGGCCUUUAUGCUGUAUGUGGAUGAGUCUCGGUCUGUAUAGGAUAUCCUUUUGCUGUCCUCUAUGAACAUGGCAGAAUCUUUAUUAUGGAAUCCAUCCAUGAUAAAUUUUAUUUUAUUUUGUGUGAUCUGUAUCCCUUCGUGCUGGCACAAAUACUGCUCCGUACUCGAACCCAUUUCUAUCAGACGUGUACACUCUAACCUGAUGCCAACUUGUACUGCGCUCUUUCUUUUUCUAGUAAUUUUGGGAGCAUAAGUGUCCAUAAAACUUGAAACUUUUGUCAAUGUUCAUUCUAAUUCUAGUUAUAUCACUGACUUUACAUCGAUUCAUUACAUGGUUAUCAUGACCAGACUUAUUCUAAUUUCGCUAAAUCCCAGCCCAAGAUCAUGGUUUACAGUUCACAUUUUGCAGCCAGACUAAGCCCUGUGGUUGUGAAUCAGAACCUGGGAAAUUUAUUUUCUCUACGAAUGUUGUUAUAUGCAGGUUAACAAUGCUGGCGUCAACUUUAAUAAAGGUUCUGAGAAUUCUGUGGAACAUGCUGCCGAGGUGAUUGAGACAAACUACUUUGGAACAAAGCGGAUGAUCCAGACAAUGAUUCCUCUGAUGAGACCUUCCACUUUUGGUGCUCGAAUAUUGAAUGUGAGCUCCAGACUGGGGAGAGUUGAUGGCAGACGUAACGUAAGCUAUUCCUUUUUUUUUUUUUUCCAUUUCAUAGAAACAUUUUUCAUGAUCUUAGAUCACAUCAUGGAUUAUGAGAUCUUGCCGCAUGGUGGUUUAUAAGUGGUAGAGCGUGUUAAACGUAUCUUUCCCCUUAUUUUGGCUAAGUAUAAUGGCAAAUCGCAGUCUCUUGUCUUAUUCACUGAUUAUUAAGUUUUGCAGAGGCUUGGAGACGUGGCUCUGAAAGAGCAGCUUUUGAAAGAAGACUGUAUAUCGGAAAACCUGAUCGACCAAAUGGUUGCUGAUUUCCUCCAACAAGUCAACGAUGGAAGCUGGGUAUCAAAUGGCUGGCCACAAGUGUUCACUGACUACUCACUGUCGAAGCUUGCGGUGAAUGCCUACACGAGACUGAUGGCCCGGGCCCUUUCCAACAGGCCCGCGGGCCACAGAAUUCACAUCAACUGCUACUGUCCUGGCUGGGUGAGGACUUCCAUGACUGGCUGGGCUGGAAACAUCUCGGCCGAAGAAGGCGCUGACACUGGAGUGUGGGCUGUCCUGUUGUCAGAUUCCCCAGAUGGGAAUUUUUUUGCCGAGAGGCGUGCUUUGACUUACUGA